GAAUAUGUCUGAGCACAGAGACAUGAGUCCACGCACCCCACCACCACACAGACUGGUUUCCAACACCAACAGCGACGGCAGCAGCAAAAUGGCCGUCACGUCUGUGAAGGACAUCGCCCACGAAACGACCAGCUCACAAAGUCACUACAGAAACAAACAGAAGACUGCCAGGUAUGCCUUGCCCAACGGUCACCACAUUGCAAUGCACGGCACGACGAAAUCGCUGCCAGGAAUGCUCCUCAACGAGACUGCGAAGGGCCGCACCCGGCGAGGUCACCACACGUCUAAUGGCAACAGACACGGUGACGGGGUCGGGACCCACCGCGGCCGGCCCCCGUUCUCCGGGACCCACCGCGGCCGGCCCCCGUUCUCCGGGACAGGCCAGAGACACCACGGUAAGAUCAUUCACUCUCCGACUCCAUUCCACCGGCCCGAGCCCAAAGAGAAGGCCAUUUCGUUCUUCGACAUUGAGCUGCAGAAGAUUGAGAGGUUCCAGUACCGGCCGGGGGAGGAGGUGUGCGGCGCCAUCCAUAUGGACGUCAUGCGCAGCGUCGAGAUCCGCUUCCUUGAGCUCGUGUGCGUGGGUGAGGGCACAGCCACGCUGCAGAAACACCGUGGAGACCCGCUCAGACAGACGGAGACGUACUUGCUCAAACGGACAUACGUCAUCGGGACGGGGGACGCCAAGUGGACGUCCGUGCUCACUCCCGGACAUUACGUCUCCAACUUCCGCGUCAAGCUGCCGAAAAAUAUCCCCAGCACGCUGUCGUUCGUCGAUCACCACAACGGCUUCUCAUUCGAGGUGUCGUACUGCCUCAAGGCGCGGAUCUGUGACAGCAUCAGGUCGACGUCUUCGAUACGCAGCACCGCCUCCAGCAGCAUCAACAACCUGGUCAAGGUCAUCCUGUCCAAGAAGCAGCCGUUCAACGUGCAGCAGCCAUUUGACCUGCACCAGAUACCCAAUGCACUGGUGCCCGUCCUGCACGAGGAGGAAAUCGUCCUGUCGUGUGCCAACAACAACGUGGCAUUCUUCACGCUCAGUCUCGACCGUGCCGUCUUUCUCGCCGGCGACGACAUCAGACUCCAGCUGACGGCGCACCUACCGACGUCGCAGCGAAUCAAGGAUGUGACGUGCACGCUCAAACAGAACAUCGUCCUAAGCGAGGUCAACGAGAAACAGACCAUCUGUCUGACGCAGCUCACACGCAAAGACCCGGCAGGGGAGGACAGGAGCGGCACGCCCUCCACCUUUGACAUGACGAUACCGACGCAGACCCACCUCCUGACGUCAUUUCUUCACGGAUGUAAGACCGUUCAGGUCACGUACACGCUGCAGGUUCUGCUCAAACUCUCACCAGGGGGUGGCAGGGUUCUGUUCGCUAUUCCCAUUUCUAUUGGCCCAUCGGCUGAGCCGAUAUAUGCGGAGAAGACAGCUUCGAGGAAAAUUGUCCCCAUUUUCAAUCGCCCAGUCAGAUUUCCGUGUUUCUCGCCGUCCAAACCGGAAGCUAAGCGAACAAGUUCGACCGACCAGACCUCGCGGAGUUCGCAGUCAAUCAAUGUGGUCACCAAGUACAGCAACAGUGCGUUCGGACAGUGUUUCCUGUGUUGUCUCGGAGGAUCGGCCGACAUUGAUUGAAUGAAGAAGAAAAAUCAUUUUCAAAAAUGCUUAAAUACAUUACUCCUUGCAGUUUGCUUCAAAAUUUAACAAUGUUGAUGUAAAAAGCAGAUUUUUUAAUCUGGAUCAGCAACAGUGUUAAUCGAUGUGAAAAUGUACUAGCAAUCACUAAAUGAUUUAUAACUGUGUCGUCCACGACAGUGUUAAUCGAUGUGAAAAUGUACUAGCAAUCACUAAAUGAUUUAUAACUGUGUCGUCAACGACAGUGUUAAUCGAUGUGAAAAUGUACUAGCAAUCACUAAAUGAUUUAUAACUGUGUCGUCAACGACAGUGUUAAUCGAUGUGAAAAUGUACUAGCAAUCACUAAAUGAUUUAUAACUGUGUCGUCAACGACAGUGUUAAUCGAUGUGAAAAUGUACUAGCAAUCACUUAAUGAUUUAUAAUUGUGUUGUGACCUCUGAAAAUAACAUAGCAUAACACAAGUGAAAGGAUUUUUUUUUUUAACUGUAUGUUACAAUGUGGCUGAUAUUUUUGAAUAACUGAAAUGGGGUGUCAGUGUUCUAUGACUGCACAUUAACUAAGGACAUGUACAUCAUCCCUUGCAAUUUGCAUCAUUAUUUUGCAAUGCUGACGUCAAAGACAAAAAGCAGGAAACAUUUUUUUUUUUUUUUAAACUUUGAUUAAUUAAGGUUGUUACCAAUAUGAAAAUAGUUUCUGACAUGACAG